CCACGCUGUGCUGUUUCUGCUGCCAAUCUUGGCUACUCUCCUUCAUUGGGGAAUAGUUCUUAUGCAGCUGAUUUGGAGCAUGAAGACUUUUCGCGUUUUCUUUCCAGAGCUAGGUUUGAGCACGUGCCUUCUUCUUUUCGGGAUCGUGCUCUGCAGUGUAACCUUGGCUUGAUAUCGUCUGAUGGAUUUGAAUCUCUUUGCACUCCCUCUGUUCUGGAGUUGAGAAAUUUUGCGUCUUCGGAUCUUUUUGCUGAGCUGGACUCUGGCGAAGCCCUUAAGUUUACCAAAUGGUUUGUCGAAACGUAUCGUUUACCGGAGUUCGUUAGUUGGAACUUCGUGGACUCAGAUCCGCGGUUUUCCAAUCUUUAUCAACCUUUCAAUGACGCAGAUGGUAAAAUGACUCGGAGUACAGCCUGCAACACCGUUAACCUCGCUCCGUUCAACGCGGAAGUUGGAAUCCAAGUUGUCCUUGACAAUGUUGUUCAGGAACCAUUCGAGCCAUCGCGUACGGAUGAGUAUGGCAGCAGAGAUUAUGCAAGUGGUCGGCGCUAUAACAUCCAACUGCAGUCCAAUGAAAUACACAAGCUGGAGGAGUUGACUGUCGAUAGAGAUAUUUCACCUAAAAGUGCAUUACGAUCUUCUAACUUAUCAACGCUUACCACUUGCAUGUGGGAACCAGACCUGGUUAUGGAUAAUUACUCAGUUAAUAAACUGGAUGAAAUUGAUGGCGGUGGCUUGGAGACCAGUCGAGGAGUGAAGGAACACGAACAGGAUCCUGGAAGAACUAUUAAAAUUCCAAUAAACACAAACAGAAAUUUCCCUGAAAUGUUUUUCCAUUCGGAGAAAACUGCAACUCAGACUGAAGUUCCUAAUACGCAGGUCACGAAUGGAGUGAAACACGGAGACUUGAGCGUACAUGCGCCAAUAGCGGAUAGCAGCCAACCGGUGACGGACUACGAGGCACUUUCCAAUUCUUCUAAUGAAACAAAUCGCGGAAAAGAGCCAACAUUUUGGUAA